UGAGGGAACUGGAGGGUUUAUAACCCCACACUAAGCGACCUUCGGAUUGAGCCAAGAAUGCAGGUUGAAGGAUCUGUCCAGGUAUUCGUGUGUUCCUGAUCCAAGAGCUUGGGUGGCGUGAGCUGCAUACUCUCCUUCGUGAAGUGGUGAUCAAGUUCCCUAAAAGACAAUGACGGAGGUUAACUGAGUGGAUAAUUGGUGAGGAUUUUGAACACAAACUCUGGUCGAUUGUGUGAAGGCAUUUACAGUGAACAGUGUUCAGUUGUCUCCCAGAUAUGAGCCAUAGGGAAUCAACUGAAGACGUUAAUAGACUUAACAGUGCUGCAUCUGAUGAGGAGAAAUUGCUUGAGGAACUGCCAAGUGCUGUAGGUGGUGACUGCGAACCUAAUGAAAGUGAAGCAAAUGAUGCAGAAAAUGAAGGGUUCUUUAACAUGCUGAGCCAUGUGCAGAGGAACCGCAUGGACGACCAGCGAUGCAUUCUCGGAGAUAAUGAGGUGCCCUCCAACAAAUCGACACUCAUCGAGGCCAGUGCAGAUAGCAGCUCUGAUCGACCAAUUAAUGAACUCCUAGACAUGCUAGCUGACAAACAAGGGCAGCGAUUGGACGAUCAACGGGUUACCUGUGACAACUUACCAGGCCUCCAACUAUCUGAGUGUUACAUGCAGUCCACUGACAAAGAGCCCGAGAUUGAAUAGACAUGUCCCCAGCCAGGAUCUGUUGGGCCAGAUGAAAAUGCUGUUGAUUUGUUUCGUCGUCAAACAGCGAGAGGAAACACUACUGCAGCAGCAUUUCUUUUACAUAUUCUUUGUGAACUUGUUUUCAUUUGAGAAGAACCCGUCUGCUCUUUGUUACGGUUUUAUGACCCAGAUAACUGAACAUGGACGUUGGUUAUUUUAGCCUGGUUGUUCGUGCAGCAAUGCACCUUCCCAACAUGUCCAAGCCUCUUUGAGAAUUGCCUCAAUGCACUUAGAACCAUCAUACAAUAAUAUCUGACAUCACUCGUUAACAGUUGUUGAAACAAAAUGCAUCGC